AUGUUUGAUUUGGUGGUGCAGUUGGGGGACGGCGCGUCGCCCCUGGAGGUGCUAGUGCGGCACGAUGCGGCGGGCGCGGUGCGGCUGCUGGAGCAGAGCGCGCGCGAGCCGCCCUUCGCCGGCCCGCUUGCUAAGCAGAACCGCCUGCGCGUCGCCCGCGCGCUGCUCGCUCUCACGCCCGGUGCUCGGUACAUGCCACGUAGCGCACCUAGCUGCUAA